GUGGCAUGGGGCCCCAAGCAGUCACCCUCCUUGCUACCCCCAAUGGCAGCCCUGGUUUUUAUAUGCAGAAAACAGUUGUUGUGGCACAGGUGGGCUGUGGAGUUUUUAUAGCAUGUUUGGGGGGCCUCAGAAAGAAAAAGGCUACAAACCCCUGGUAUAAAUAAUGCUUUGCAUUCUUUAAUGGCACCUGCCAGAGGAGCAUAAUGUGCUUUACUAAUGUUAGUGGGGCACUCUGAGGCAGAAAGAGCGGACAUGACUUGCCCAAGAUAACACAGGGAGCCUGUGGCAAAACUGGGACUAGGCCUCAGGAGCACUGUGCAGCCUGUCCAUUAGUUAUUGUAAUUACUGAAAGGGCAGAAUGUUUAUUGGGUCACAAUAAGAUUGCUGAUUCCACCUGCUGCCCUAUGCUUGGGGUGGGGAGUUUGUUUACCAAAGUUGCUUCAGGGUUGGGGAAAGGAGAUGACACUCCAACUGUUAAGGAGGGAGAAUGGUUCACUUGGUUGGUGCAGAAACCAGAAGCUCGACUUACAACUUGCUUGGUCCUGGGAUUAUGGGAGGAAGAUGAGGGCUAGCUGUAGCGGUUGGGCUCAUGAAGUGUGCCUGGGAUGUGGGGGCUGAAGGAAAGAAGCCUACAUCGGAUAGGGUGAUAGAAGCAGCUAGAGCUUAGUGAGGCAAGCAAAAACCUAAAUUGUCCCAGAAAGUGAUGAAACAGAUCCUUACGGGAUGGUGAUGAGCUAGUGUAUUCUGGGCCUGGGAAGGCUAUGAUUCUGGGUGAGGUGAUUCUGUGGCUCAAAUAAGUAUCAGUAGCUUGUUUCAGGCUAUCUGGGGCUUAGUUUAAUUCAAGGAGACUUAGAGCACCAGUAUUUUCUCUCUUGGGCUCUAAGUAGCAAGCCUGGGGUGUGCAAGCAGGUUCUCUGACCUUGGGGCUGUGCCUGAUGUUGCUAACGUGCCUGUUUGUGUUAUAGGGUCGGUGGGGAUGGAGUGAGAGGUGUCUAGCCAGGGAUGAAGAUGGUAGUUCAUAGGUACAGUAGCAGCAUGAUGGCCCUUGAACAAGACUGGACUUGCUGAAGGAGGAGGAAAGAUGGCAGGAGGUAGGAGCUGAGGGCUCUAAGGUGAUGUUGGUGCCAGGCCUCCAGGAGUCAUGAUUGCAGAGCAACUGCAGAAACAGAGCCUGGAAGAGCUGAAAUGCACAUCCUUCAACGUCAGCCUGAGAGGGCUUCCUGGUGGGACCUGAUCUCCUGUCCCAGGAUACACUUUCAGGACAGCACAGGUUUCAGUUGCCACCACUCCCGCCUGAGUCUGUCUCCUUGCAGCCAAGACAGCUGCCCUAAGAAGAACAGCCUUCCAUCCCAAACACUGGCCACGGACCCGCUCACCUUGGGGAAGGCCUCUAUGGUCCCCACCAAAAGGCACUGCUGCUCACCCUCAGUGCCUGAGAAUUUCUUCCACUGGCAUCCCCUCUGUAGGCCUCUUGGCUCCAAAGUGUGGACUCCUAUCAAGCAUCAGGGCAGCAGUGGAGAAAGUGCUUUGGAAGAGCAGCCCCCGAUCCCAGACCAUGGAGCCUGCAGUGUCAGGUUUGACCAAGCCCCAGGUGCAUCUCUUCAGUGUGUCCAAGGUGGUGGUGGCAGUAGCCCCCCCUUUUUCAGUCUGACCCUAUCCCGGGAAUCCCUAGUCAGCAUGUUGUGGGAGAGUGAGAAGACCUUGCAGCCCUUCUCCUUAUCACCUGUCCAGUUCCUGCCCUCCCCACGGAGCUCUGCUUCCUCCACACCAGAACUGCUCAGGCACCAGCAUGGCCUCCCACCCAGCCAGUCACAGCCCUGUGACCUGGACACAAAAAAGAAUGGCCUCAAGCGGUGCCAUGAGGAGGAUGCAAAGUGGCACCGUCCCUCACUCAACUUCUACAAGAUGAACCAGAAGCAGUUCUCAGGAGGGGGCCUCUGUUUCUUAGACAAGUCUGAGGAAGGCAGUGCUCCAUCAUGGUUCUUGGCUUGCAACCCACAAGCCCCUUCAGCUCCCUGCAGUCCUAUCAGCAGCUAUGGCCAAAUGCUGAGUGAGGAAGAGGAAGAUGAGGCAAGGAACCGAAGCUGGCAUCUGGCCAGCCAGAGGACUUUUUUCCAUCAGGACUUUAGUGACCUGGAUCUGAAUCUGAUUGAAGAGAACUAGGGGUUGCAUAUACACUCUGGAAACUGCAGAGCAACCCCC